AUGCACUGGCAGCAGGACACCAGCAUCCACAGCAUACACAUCCAGCAUCUCACUGACAACCUGGUGUUUGACAGCCUCUAUGACCUCAUCAUCCACUAUCGGGAGAUGCCACUGAGGUACAGCAGACUUGAGAUGAAGCUGACAGAGCUGGUGCUCGAGUCCAACACCCACAGCAACAAAGCCUUUCUGAGUUCCUUUUUCCUGUUCUACAUGGCAGUCCUCCCAAGCAACAUCCUCCUCAUUCUCACAGUUCAGGGCAAUUUCCAACUGGGAUCACCCAUGCACUUCUUCCUGGUUAAUCUGGCAUUCCUGGAUAUCUGCUACUGCUCUGUCACCCUACCCAAAAUGCUGGCUGACUUAUUCUCAAACCCAAAGACUACCUCCUACAAUGCCUGCAUGGCUCAGCUCUCAUUUCUUCACUUCCUGGGAGCAGUGGAAAACUUCCUGCUCUUGGCCAUGGCUUGCGAUCGUUAUGUUGCCAUUUGCAAACCCCUGCACUAUGCCAUGCUUGUGAACAGGACCGUUUGCUGUGCCCUGCUUGGAGCCUUGUGGGGUGGGGGCCUCAUUCAUGGCAUCGUUCUAUUUGCUCUCACCAUCACUCUCCCCUUUUGCGGCCCCAACAUCCUGGACAACUUCUUCUGCAAUGUCCACCAGCUGGCAAAGCUGGCCUGUGCCAACACUCACACAGUGGAAUUGCUGGUGUUCCUCAAUAACAGCUCUGUCAUCGUGCCAUGCUUUGUGCUUCUCCUCAUCUCCUACACAGCCCUAUCGCUGAAGCUCCGGGCGCACUCCUCCAAGGCCAAGAAGAAAAUCACCUCCACCUGCAUUUCCCAUAUGGUUGUGGUUUUGGACACCUUUGGCCCAGCAAUUUAUAUCUACGUCCUCCCCUUCCAGGCUGUCCCAAUGGAAAAAGUCAUCGCUCUAUUCCAUACAGUCAUCUUCCCUUUAACAAACCCCAUGAUCUACAUGCUGUGCAACAAGAUCAGAAGCUCAGUCCAAUCAGACCAAUCAGAAGUUGGUCCACAAAUAGUCACUGCAGUGUCGACUUUUUACAAA